AUGUGGAAGGAAAACAUCACCAAUAUUAGUGAGUUCAUCCUGGUGGGCUUCCCUACUGCUCCCUGGCUGCAGGUUCUGCUCUUCUUCCUCUUCCUCAUCACCUACUUGUUUGUGCUAUUGGAAAAUUUGGUUAUCAUCCUCACUGUACGGGUCACUCGGUCCCUGCACAAGCCCAUGUACUAUUUUCUGGGUACCAUGUCCUUCCUGGAGGCCUGGUAUAUGUCUGUCACAGUCCCCAAGAUGCUGGCUGGAUUCCUACUCCAUCCCAAUACUAUCUCCUUCCUGGGAUGCAUGACUCAGCUCUAUUUCUUCAUGUCCCUCGCCUGUACUGAAUGUGUGCUUUUGGCUGCCAUGGCCUACGACCGUUACGUGGCCAUAUGUUGGCCCCUUCACUAUCCUGUCAUGAUGACCAGAGGGCUUUGUGUCCAGCUGACCGUCAGUUCCUGGGUGAGUGGCUUUACCAUCUCCAUGGCAAAGGUAUACUUCAUCUCCCAAGUUGCCUUCUGUGGCAAUAAUAUCUUGAACCAUUUUUUCUGUGAUGUGUCACCUAUCCUUAAACUGGCCUGCAUGGACUUAUCUAUGGCUGAGACGGUAGACUUUGUGCUAGCCAUCAUCAUCCUUGUGUUUCCUCUCUCAUCCACUGUCCUUUCCUAUGCUUUCAUUGUCUCUACCAUCCUGCACAUACCCUCAGCCACUGGGCAGCGGAAGGCCUUCUCUACCUGUGCAUCUCACCUUACAGUGGUGGUCAUCUUCUACACAGCUGUGAUCUUCAUGUAUGUCCGACCUCAGGCCAUUUCUUCAUUUAAUUCUAACAAAUUAAUCUCAGCCAUAUAUGCAGUCUUUAUUCCUAUGGUCAACCCUGUUAUCUACUGCCUGAGGAACAAGGAGGUCAAGGAUGCCAUCAGAAAAACCAUAGCAACUGGCCGAGCUCUGUUCUUGAGAGAUUCUUUUUGCUAA